CCGCCCCAGCCCGAAACUCUCCAGCCGGAGCGCCUACCUGUCGGAGCCUGUCCGGCCGCGGCGGGGAAGGAAGGCAGGAGAGCCCGCCGACGGCGCGCUUGGUCUGCUGCUCCGGGGAGCCGCUCGCCUCCUCCCUCCUCCCUCCCUCCCAGCCGGGCAGGGGCGUCCGAGCAGAGGGUCCCGGCGGGGGCGAUGCUGGACCCUUGAAAUCCCCCCCACAUACACACCGGCCUCCACCUGCCGAGCCGCGGCGAGGAACCGGAGCUGCGGCGGGCGAGGAGCGCAGCCAGCCGGCACCAUGGGCAGCAAAGAGCGAUCCCACUGGCAGAUGCAGAAUGUCAAGCAGAGCGGAGUGGACGACAUGGUCCUCCUCUCGAAGAUCCACGAAGACGCCAUUGUGGAGAACCUGCGGAAGAGGUUCAUGGACGACUACAUUUUUACCUACAUUGGGCCCGUCCUGAUUUCCGUCAACCCCUUCAAGCAGCUGCCUUACUUCACUGACCGAGAGAUUGACAUGUACCAGGGGGCGGCCCAGUACGAAAACCCUCCGCACAUCUACGCCCUGGCGGAUCAGAUGUACCGCAACAUGUUGAUUGAUGGGGAGAACCAGUGCGUCAUCAUCAGUGGGGAGAGCGGAGCUGGCAAGACGGUGGCGGCCAAAUACAUUAUGGGUUACGUCUCCAAAGUGUCCGGCGGAGGGCCGAGCGUCCAGCAUGUGAAAGAUAUUAUCCUCAAAUCUAACCCCCUCCUGGAGGCCUUUGGGAACGCAAAGACUGUGCGGAACAACAAUUCCAGCCGAUUUGGCAAAUAUUUUGAGAUCCAGUUCAGCCGCGGUGGGGAGCCGGAUGGGGGCAAAAUCUAUAACUUCCUGCUGGAAAAAUCCCGCGUGGUCAGCCAGAAUUCCGGAGAGAGAAACUUCCACAUCUACUACCAGCUGCUGGAGGGAGCCAGCCAGGAGCAACGGGAGAAUCUGGGGAUCACCAGCCCGGAUUACUACUACUACCUCAACCAGUCGGCGGCCUAUAAGGUGGACGACAUGAAUGACCGGCAGGAUUUCCAGGAAACUCUGGCAGCCAUGGGGGUGGUUGGCCUCUCGGAGGAAGAGCAGGCCCUGGUACUCCAGAUAGUAGCUGGCAUCCUGCACCUUGGCAACAUCACUUUCCAGGAGUCAGGCAACUACGCCGUGGUGGAAAGCAGGGAUUUCCUGGCCUUCCCCGCCUACCUCCUGGCCAUCGACCAGCAGCGCCUGCAGGAGAAACUGACCAGCCGCAAGAUGGACGGCAAGUGGGGUGGCCGGCAGGAGGUCAUUGACGUCACCCUCAACGUGGAACAGGCCAACUUCACCCGCGAUGCUCUUUGCAAGGCCCUCUACGCCCGCCUCUUCGACUUCCUGGUGGACGCUGUCAACAAAGCCAUGGAGAAGCAGCACCAGGAAUACAACAUCGGCGUCCUUGACAUUUACGGCUUCGAAAUCUUCCAGAAAAACGGCUUCGAGCAAUUCUGCAUCAAUUUUGUGAACGAAAAACUCCAGCAGAUUUUCAUCGAGUUGACCCUGAAGGCUGAGCAAGAGGAAUACGUCCAGGAGGGAAUCCGAUGGAGCCCCAUUGAUUAUUUCAACAACAAAGUGGUGUGCGACCUCAUCGAGAACAAAGUGAAUCCCCCGGGGCUCAUGAGCAUCUUGGAUGACGUCUGCGCCACGAUGCACGCCAAAGGCGAGGGGGCCGACCACACCUUGCUCCAGAAGCUCCAGUCGGCACUGGGCACGCACCCCCAUUUCAACAGCUGGAACAAGGGCUUCAUCAUCCACCACUACGCUGGCAAGGUCUCCUACGACGUGGAAGGCUUCUGCGAACGCAACCGGGACGUCCUCUUCCCGGAUCUGGUGGAGCUGAUGCAGAGCAGUGAGAUCCCCUUCAUCCGGGACCUCUUCCCCGAGAGCCUCAGCACCGAGAAGAAGGGCCGGCCCACCACGGCAGGCAGCAAGAUCAAGAAACAAGCCAACAGCCUGGUCAGCACCCUGAUGAAGUGUAGCCCUCAUUACAUCCGGUGCAUCAAGCCGAACGAAACCAAGAAGUCCCGAGAUUGGGAGGAGAGCCGGGUGAAGCACCAGGUGGAAUAUUUGGGGCUGCAGGAGAAUAUCCGGGUGCGACGGGCCGGCUACGCUUAUCGGCGAGUCUUCCAGAAGUUUCUCCAGAGGUACGCCAUCCUGACUCGGGAGACGUGGCCCUGCUGGCGUGGGGACGAGAGGCAGGGCGUGGUGCACCUGAUGAGGUCGGUCAACAUGGACCCCGACCAGUUCCAGCUGGGACGGACCAAGGUGUUCAUCAAAGCCCCCGAAUCGCUUUUCCUUCUGGAGGAGAUGCGGGAACGGCGCUACGACGGCUUCGCCCGGGUGAUCCAGAAGGCCUGGCGCAAACAUGUGGCCGUCCGCAGGAACAUGCAGAUGCGAGACGAAGCCUCCAACCUCGUCCUGAACAAGAAGGAACGCCGUCGCAACAGCCUGAACCGUAACUUCAUGGGUGAUUACAUCGGCCUGGAUAACCAUCCCGAACUCCGCCGUUUCCUCGGCCGCAGGGAGCGGGUGGACUUCGCCGACACCGUCACUAAGUACGACCGUCGCUUCAAGACCGUCAAACGGGACCUGAUCCUCACCCCCAAAUUCCUCUACCUGAUCGGGCGGGAGAAGGUGAAGCAGGGCGCGGAGAAAGGGGCCAUUCGGGAGGUCCUGAAGAGGCAGCUGGAGGUGGAGAGGAUCCAGUCCGUCUCCCUCAGCACGCUGCAGGACGAUUUCCUCAUCUUGCACGAAUCCCAGUACGACACCGUGUUGGAAUCCGUCUUCAAGACCGAGUUGUUGAGUCUACUCUACAAGCGAUACGGAGAAAGGACUCAGAGACAGCUGCCCAUCAAAUUCAGCAACCAGCUUGAGUUCAAGGUGAAGAAGGACGGCUGGGGGCCCUGGGCAGCGGCUGGCUCCCGACAGAUCCAGUUCCAGAUCUGCCAGGGGGAUCUGGCGCUCCUCCGCACCAACGGCAAAGUGCUGGUGGUCAGCAUUGGGCCGGGUCUACCUCGCAACGUCCGCCCAAACCGGAAGGACACCAGGAAAAGCCGAUACUCGGCGGGAGGCCCUGCCCUGGGCUGGAAUGCCCAGACCAGCACAGGGCCGGCGUGGGGCAGCCACAGCCAGGGUGCCAGGCCUUCCUUCCAGCAGCGUCAUUCCAUCACCCGCCAGGGCAGCAUGGAGCAGCCCAGCCUGCCGCGCCAGGGAGCCAGCCCGCGUGCCCGAGCCUUCCCCGCAGGACCCCUUGACUUGGGCUUCAUGAAUGUCCCUGACCAAGGGGUGGCUGGCCUUCGGCGCCACCUUAGCAAAGAAGCCAAACCCGUGCCAGGAGGGGGCCGUGCCAAGCCGAAACCUAAACCCAAACCCCAUCCGGGCCUUCCCCGGUGCCGGGCUCUCUACGCCUACGACGCCCAGGACACGGAUGAGCUCAGCUUCAACGCCAACGACGUCAUUGAAAUAGUCAAGGAAGAUCCGUCGGGAUGGUGGGAAGGCCGCAUCCGUGGCAAGGAAGGGCUGUUUCCAGGGAACUACGUGGAGAGGAUCUGAGGCGGAGCUGGCACCAGGGGCUGCCCCACAGCUUCCUCUUGGGGGCUGGAAAAGACCGGGAGUUUCCUACGGGACGUUACCAGAGGGGGGCAGCCGAUACUCGCAGGAGGGCGAGGAAAAGGCGCCUGGUUGACAGGCAGAAACUGGGCGCCACUUGGCGCCCUCUGAACGCGGCCAAGAUAACCAGUGUUUCCU